AUGGGACGGAGCUGCUGCUUCCUCCUGCUGCUGCUGCUCCUCCUGCCCGGCCCGGGAGCUGCCUUCUCACUCCUGCAGUACCGCUACGAGUGUGGGGAGUAUGGCAUGCAGCUCCUGGCAUACCCCACCCGCGGCCGCACCGUCCGCUUCAAAGUCAUGGAUGAGUUCGGCACCCGCUUUGACGUGGCCAACUGCUCCAUCUGCCUCCACUGGCUCAACACUGGGGUGGACGGCACCAUCAUCUUCUCCUCCGGCUAUGAGGCCUGCCACGUCAUGGUGAAGGAGGACCGCUAUAUCCUGAGAGUGCAGCUGGAGGAGCUGCUGCUCAGCGGGGUCCUGGCCGCCUCCCAUGAAGUCAACAUGACCUGCCCGCAGCCCACAGACUACGAGAUCCUCGGGGACAGCAACAUGCACAUCGAGCACUGGGCUGGUGGUCGGGGCAACGGUGUCCACCAGGCCCAGUCUGAUGUCCUUGUGCCCCUGUCCCAGCCUGGCCUCUUGCACCACGUGUCCCAGUCCUCCCUCACCAUCCCGGGACCCCAGGUCUCUCCCCAAGCCCACUCAGAGCAGGUGCACCCCGUGGCUCAGACCCAGCCGGUCCUGGUGCACCCUGGGCUGCAGCCCCAGCCCCAGCCCAGCCUGGUGCAUCCAGGGCUUCAGUCCCAGCCAGGCAUGGGUCGUCCCCCUGCCCAAGCCCAGCAGGGUUUAAUCCGUCCAGGCAUGCAGCAGCCCGGGCUGGUGCACCCUGGAGCUCAAACCCAACCAGGGCUCCUUCGCCCAGGGAUUCAGACCCAAAACCAGCCUGGGCUGGUGCACCAUGGAGCUCAAACCCAACCAGGGCUCCUUCGCCCAGGGAUUCAGACCCAAAACCAGCCUGGGCUGGUGCACCAUGGAGCUCAAACCCAACCAGGGCUCCUUCGCCCAGGGAUUCAGACCCAAAACCAGCCUGGGCUGGUGCACCAUGGAGCUCAAACCCAACCAGGGCUCCUUCGCCCAGGGAUUCAGACCCAAAACCAGCCUGGGCUGGUGCACCAUGGAGCUCAAACCCAACCAGGGCUCCUUCGCCCAGGGAUUCAGACCCAAAACCAGCCUGGGCUGGUGCACCAUGGAGCUCAAACCCAACCAGGGCUCCUUCGCCCAGGGAUUCAGACCCAAAACCAGCCUGGGCUGGUGCACCAUGGAGCUCAAACCCAACCAGGGCUCCUUCGCCCAGGGAUUCAGACCCAAAACCAGCCUGGGCUGGUGCACCAUGGAGCUCAAACCCAAAACCAGCCUGGGCUGGUGCAUCCUGGAGCUCAAACCCAACCAGGUCUGCUUCGUCCAGGGCUGGUGCACCCCGGUGUCCAGUCUGGCUUAAUGCACAGUGGUGCUCAGACUCAAGCAGGCUUGGUACGCCCAGGAGCUCAGCCCCAAAGCCAGCCAGGCUUAGCUCGCCCUGGCCUUCAGACCCAUUCCCAAACUGGCUUGGUGCGCCCAGCUCUCCAGAGCCAAGCCGGGCUGGUACAACCCAGCAAUCCCCGACUGAGUCUGGCGCAGCCGGGGCUCCAGUCCCGACCAGGUUUGCUACGCCCUGGCCUUCAGGCUCAGCCCCAGCCGGGUUUGGUGCGUCCAGGACUGCAGCCUCAAGCCCAGCCGGGCUUGCUGCGUCCUGGGCUCCAGUCCCAGCCCAGCCUGCUGCAGUCCACAGCUCUCUUCUACCCCUCGGCAGGGGCAGGCACACAGCUGACACGGGAGCAGUGCCAGGUGGCAGUGGGGAAGCUGGCCUGUGUGGCCCCGCAGGGCCAGGAGGGGUGCCUGCAAGCAGGCUGCUGCUACGAUGACAUGGACCGCGUCACUCCCUGCUAUUACGGCAACACAGCCACCGUGCAGUGCCUGCUGGAGGGACACUUUGUGCUGGUGGUGCCACGGGGCCUGGCCACCCAGCCCUACAACCUGGACAGCGGCGGCCUCGCCAGCAGCCAGCCCGGCUGCGAGCCCGUCCGGGUGACCGAGGCCUUCGCCAUGUUCCGCUUCCCCGUCACGCAGUGCGGCACCACCGUCCAGGUGAUCGAUGACCAGUUGAUCUAUGAGAACCAGCUGAUCUCCACCAUCGAUGUCCAGGGGUCCCGCCGCGGCUCCAUCACACGGCACAAUGAGAGCUACAGCUCCUACCACCCCGACGGCGACUACCCCUUGGUGAGGGUGCUGCGGGACCCCAUCUACGUGGAGGUUCGCCUCCUGCAGAAGACGGACCCCAACCUGGUGCUGGUCCUGCACCACUGCUGGGCCUCCCCCAGCACUGACGCCACGGCUGAGCCCCAGUGGCCCAUCCUGGUGGACGGGUGA